AUGGAUUUGCUAGUUGGGAAGCCCUGGAAGCUUAGGGUCUAUCACGGCGACCGGUCUUUGAAUGUGAAUGUGUUUCCGGAGACCAAAGUGAGUCGGUUGGUGCAGUACUUGCACUUGGUGCUGGGUGCUGUCGAGCCCGUGGAGCCCGUGGAUGAGUGUGGUCUCAAGUAUAAGGACACUGUUCUGCCGCUUUACUUCUCGCUGAAGGAGGCGCUGCGGACCUAUUCGUAUGCGGAUGCAUCGCUGGAUGUGCCAUCAUUCAUCAGGCUGGAGUUUGUGCAUACAUUAGAGAGAGGUGGGUACGCGCACAGGUCCGGUGAGGAUAUCAAGCUGGCCUAUAGCCCCGAGUACUUUGGUAAGUUUGUCACUGUGGGAUUGGAAGUUAACACUCUCUCUCUGGAUAAGAUCGCCACAACUAUAGUGGAAAGAGUGGACUUGAAGCAGAUGGGAAUAAUGAAUGUACUAGCUGAAGAAGUGGUUAAGAAACUGGUGAGAUAUGAAGAGGAUGAGGAUAAGAAUAUGUGUGGUCUAAUGGAGAAGCACAGCACACAUAAUCUAUUGGCCUUCUUGAUAAAGGGUAACCACAUCCCGUUCAAGUUUUUACAUGACCUUGAUCCACACUGCUAUGAUUCACUGACGUUGCUGGACCUGCUUGGAGUUGACAUUUUACCCUCAGAUGCAGCCAAGAUUACAAUAAUGUUUAACUGUGCACAUGAACAGAGACAAUUGAAGAAUAACGAGGACGAAACAGAGGAAGAAGAUGAAGGUGACACGCUGGAGUUCAUUUCUGAUUCUGUGCUCUCCAUUAGAAGCAUGAAAUUUGAUGAGAACACAACAGUGAGAGAUGUCAAAGAAUUUGUCUGUUCUGUCUACACACAUACACUAAGCCUUUCGGUUGAAGACAUAAAACUUGUAUACAAGGGUAACCUACUAAAAGAAAAUGGAUCAAAGAUAAUGAGCUGUAUAGAGUAUGGCUCUGAGGCUUCUGGCACAUAUAAGCUGCAUGUACAGAUCAACCAAGAGUUUAAUGAGCCAGCGGGACCAGGGUUUUGGAGUGAGCUUUUCUCCAACCCCAACUUGUUCGACUAUGUGCAAUCAUCUACAAGACUGAAUACUCCAGCAUUGACGAGGACUCCUACAUCAGAGAAUUUGGCCACGCCUUCUCUGCAGAGGUUGAACAGCAAUCUGCGCUCUGUAUCGCCAUUUGAAGCUAUGGCCAAUGAACCAGAAUUAGAGUUCUUCGACGAGGAAGGCAGGAAACUUGUCCCAUUGGAGGGUGAGUUAUACUGGAAAUGUCUGUUAGUCGAAGAAGAUAAGGAGGUGUUUGUGAAUUGUAAAUAUUUGAAUGAGAGAGACGUUAAGCUUGAGAUCGAUGGCAAAGAAUUUGAAAUGUCUAGCUUUGACUAUGAUUAUGAUAACAACAGUAAAGAACUGGUUAACCUAUCAAAGGAUUUCAUUGCUCGCCUAGAAAAAUCACUUGGUAUAAAGAUUAAGAAGAAUUCUAUUACAGUAGGUCGCGAUGGCUCGGCAAUUAGUUCUUCUAAUAUAGAGCUCGGUCACGAGAAUGUUAAUUCGGUAGGCCAAAGGGUGAGAAGGCAAAAUAGGGAUGAUCGAGCCAGUAGAACAUCAGUUCGUCCAGAUACUUUCAAACAGAGGAUGGUACGCUAUUUUGGCAAAUUUAUUGGUUUAGGUCUCUUAGUCUUCAGAACUUUGUAUCUCGUUGGUUACAAUGCCUUAAUCCCUGUGUUCAUUCUUUAUGAGUUCAGUCCGCUGGUGCCAUCCAAAUACAGCUACCUUAUUGUACUCUUGCUUGUUGCCCGGGCAGUAUGGAACACACAUGAAAUAUGGGUGAUGUGGGCCGCCUACUUGCAUUUAAAUGAGGUGAAUGAGGAGCAGUUGAAGGCGAUUGAGGAGCAUGUAGAGAUGCGUCGAGUUUCGAGACAGUAUUUCAGCUCUGUCGGGGUCAAAGGGUGGGACCACCUUGAGAAGUCUGUGAAGAGGCUAAUUAUCGAGCCCGCAGAGUUGCAGAGUAUAAGGCAGGAACUAUAUACCACAGCUGGUCUCAUCUCUGAGUCUAACAGCGAGAGUAGUCAAGAGACUGAAGUGCAAGAAGAAAAUGCAGAUGGCCAAGGGGAGGUUGUUCCUCCAGUGAUACCUGUAGAGGAGCAAUUGAAGUACAUGCGUGAAAUAUUUAUUAGGUUAAGUAAAGAUGAGAGCGAAGCUAACGUCGAGCUCCUGGAGAAGAUGUAUGUGUUGUUAAAUGCUACGCUGGAGAGAUAUAAAGCGAGACGUACUCGGUUGGUUAGGAACCCACCUCUGAAGAAGAUGUGGGAUGAUCUCCUGGUGUUGCUGUGGCGGGACGUCAAGCAUGUCAACCCGUCUCCGAGCUUCACCACCACAGUAGUAGACAAAGUUGGCCGUAUCAUUGACUUUGUCGAGCAUCAGCAGGUGCUAGAUACCUGUCUCGAGCAUGUGGUUCCAAAUCCAAGCAGAGAUAGCGUGUUUGUGGCGAUCCCUAAGAACCUCGUACUUUUCAUCCUACUGUUCUUCCCGUAUGUAAAGGAAAAGACGCUGUCAAUCCUGCAGAGAAGAGAGCAAUUGGUACAACGUCCACAGGCCCCACAGGCCCCACAGGCCCCACAGGCCCCACAGGCCCCACAGCCAUCGCAAGAGGAACAGCCUCAUGAUCCUGAAGAGCACCCAGCAUCACAUACUGCUGAUCAAGAGCAACAACAGGGACAGCCUCAAGGCCAUGAAGAGCAUACUGUAGUGGACACUGCUGAUCAGCACGACCAUGAAGAGCAAGUGCAGGUUCGAGAAGAAGAGUAG